GGGUGGCUGAGACGCUUGACGAAUCAUCAAUCAAGAAACACGCCAAAGUAAUCCUUGUGUGUCACUUCUUUAAAGUUUAAUAAAGAACUAACUAAAGUGGAAAUUGGAACCACAAGGCUUUAAACGCUGUUGAAAAAUAAUAAAUGUGUUGAUGUAUAGAAAAACAAAUUAAUUUAAAGCUUUUCGAUGGAAUUUAUAGAGCUUAUCCUUAUUAAUAAGCUUGAUGGAGUUAUAUUAAAAUAUCCACAUCAUGAUAACGUUGAUGGAACAGUGUGCAUAACAGGACACCAUCUGAUUUUAAGUUCAAGAAAAGAAGGCGUUCGAGAGCUAUGGCUACUUCACAAAAACGUAGAUAGCAUAGAGAAAAAAGAAAAUAAAGUAAGUGGAGGUGUUGUACAAGGAGGAUCACUAUUUUUAAAAUGUAAAGAUCUUAGGAUAUUUCAGUUAGAUAUUAGCAACUCGAUGGAACUUAAUCUGGUUGCUCAAACCUUGGAGAAUUUAUCUAGUAUACAGGACCCUAGUCUUUUUUAUCCAUUUUUUUAUCGUCACAUGCAUCCUGUUAUGGAAAAUGGAUACACUUUAUAUAGCAUUGAAGAAGAGUUCACAAAAGUAUUAGCAACAGAAGAAUGGCGUAUUUCUCGUGUAAAUCAACAUUAUACGGUUUCACCUAGUUAUGCACAAGCUGUGGUUGUACCAAAGGUUAUUGAUGAUGAGACAUUGUUGGCUGCAGCAAGCUUCAGGCAAGGUGGACGGUUUCCAGUUCUCUCCUACAGACAUAAUAAUGGGGCAGUGUUAUUAAGAGCCGGUCAACCUCUGUACGGACCAAAGCACAGGAGAUGCAAACCGGAUGAACAGCUUUUGAAUUCUGUUGUCAAUGUCGGCAUGAAGGGGAUUAUCUAUGACUUAAGGAGCUCUAACUUAAUAUCCCAACAACAAAAUAAAGGUGGUGGAACAGAGAGUGCAGCAAAUUACUCCCAAUGGAGAAUUUAUAAUCGGUCAAUGGACGAUGUGGAUAACCAACAACAAUUGUUGGAAAGUUUUUCUAAAUUAAUUGAAGCCUGUAUGGAUAAGGAGAUAUCCUGUGACAAAUGGAUGUCCCGUUUGGAAUCGUCCGGUUGGGCGGAAUCGGUGCGGAAUUCUUUGCACACCGCCUGUAUAAUCGCACAACACAUACACCAUAAAGGUGAACCAGUGUUAAUACACGGAACGCGAGGUGAAGAUGCAACAUUACUUGUGUGUUCAUUGGUUCAAAUAAUUUUAAACCCAGAUUGUAGGACCUUAAGAGGCUUGCAAGCGCUAAUAGAACGGGAAUGGCUCCAAGCCGGUCACCCAUUCGGGUCUCGUUUACGUUGUGGCCCCUACUCCAGCCAACCCAGGGCUGCGCCAACGUUUCCACUCUUCCUGGACUGUGUCAGGCAGUUCCUGGAGCAGUUUCCCUGCAGUUUCGAAUACCGGCAAUCCUUUCUCAUCGCAUUAUUUGAGCACUCUUACGCAAGUCAAUUUGGUACAUUCCUCUGUGAUAGCGACCAAGAGCGAUCAACACGCGGCGUCUACAGACAGACGACCAGCCUGUGGUCAUUUGUGAAUCAGCCUGAUGAGCUCUGUGCCUAUAUCAACCCGUUGUACGACCCUACGCCGAAUGUCAUAUGGCCAUCCGUUGCGCCCAUGAGCUACGUUAUAUGGGAAGAACUGUACCUCCGUUGGCUGGUCCCCCAACGGACGGAAGAACGCGAAGAACAAUACAAGGUUAUUCGGACCAGGGAACAACAUUUGCGGUCACAGGCCCAACAACUCCGCAGAGAGUUGAUGGACUUGGCUCAUAGGUAUUACAAUUUAGAUAAUUAAUUUAUCAUAUCUUUAAGUAAUAUUUUUUAAAUGGUACUAUUACUUUGUAAAAAUGUAGUUAUUAUGGAGCAGUGUUGCCCUAUGCUCUAAUUUUUAAUUCCGUAGAAUUCUGACAUGUCAUAAUUGUUACUAAAUUAUAAUCCAUCAGAAAAGGGACAUAUAACCUAAUAAAAAUGAUAAAUAUUUCAAUAUCACAAACAAUAUAUUAAAUUAAUUUUAAUUUCUUUAUUUUAUACUUUAGCUGGCAUGACUGUAUUAAUUCCAGGUUUACUAAUCUUUGUUCCUUUUUAACUGUUUGUGAUGAAAAGGGACUUUCAGCACUCGCUGGUAAACCACUUUAAAGUGGAGCACCGCACUUAAUAAAAUGGAUAAAUUCACUAACAAAUAAAAUCUAUGUAUAGAGUCAGAUGUUCACUCGUAUUGAAAUUGAAAAAUGUAAUCUCUGACAUGUCAAUAAAUGAUAGCUGUCAGAAUUCUGCGGGAUCAAACAUCAGAGUAUAUGUGUAUGUCACAGUAAAGUAGUUAAAUCAGAGAGUUAAUUUAAUCUCUAGACAGUUAAUUAAAUAUUGAUAUUCAAUCAAAUCGCUAAAGUUCCGUCAGAUAAGUGAGUGAACUUGUAUUGAAAUCAAAAAAUUUGCCCGGCCAAAAAGUUUUGUAAUCUCUGACAUGUCAAAAAAUGAUAGCUGUCAGAAUUCAACGGCAUUAAAAAUCAUAGUAUAGUGGUCUGGCUACAGCAUAGUUCAUACACAGCCGAUGAUCAAGCCUACGAGGCCAACACUGCUCCAAAUAAUAAUAUUUGAUAAAACAUUUAAUGACUGUGAAACUCUCUUGUUCAUCAUGACUUAAUUAGAAUUAAAUAUAAUUGUCAAGUCAUGAAUAGUCUAUGGGUAAUGACAGAAAAGUUCGAUUUCCGGCGGAUAUUUGUUUCUUUAUGUCUUUUAUUUUUAUUUCUUUAUGUUUCUAAUGUCAUAAGUACACAUGUCAACUCUGAAAAGGAUACGUAUCAUCUCGAGCUGUUCAGUAUGUCUCAUCCCCGCGCUUACAGUUCAUCCCCGCGUUUAUGUCUCAUCCCCGCGCUUACAGUCCCCGAAUUUACGGCUCGUCCCCACGCUAACGGCUCAUCGUCCCCGCGAUUUCGGCUCGUCCCCACGCUAACGGCUGGUCGUCCCCACGCUUACAGUUCAUCCCCGCGUUUAUGUCUCAUUCCCGCGUUUAUGUCUCAUCCCCGCGCUUACAGCCCUUCGUCCCCGAAUUUACAGUUCGUCCCCGCGCUUAUAGCUCGUCGUCCCCGCGUUUACGACUCGUCCUCGCGCUUACAGCUCUCCUUACCCGAACUCACAUCUCUUUGUCCACCCUUGCCCCUGGGUCCUCCCGCGACAUUUCUGCAAAGUCGAGCCGUAAGCGGGGCGUUGCCUAUCCGUAGCAGAGUUAACGUACAAGAGAUGCUUAUACGCUUUGGUUACGUACAUACAUUAGGUUGACGAUCACUUUCAGAGUUGAUGUCUUUGGCCUUUACUCAUUACAUCAUCGAUAAUUGUGUAAAAAUUUUACUUGUUUGUAUUUUAAUGGACGCAAAAAUGUCUGCUCUAUCAGCGUCAAUUUAUGUAAAGAAAAUUGUCUAAUAUAUUUAUAUACUUAAAUUGCAAAUAAAAGAUAUUUAGUUUAAGAUUGUAUACAGAGGCUUUAAGUGAGGCCUAUGUUUAUUUAAGUGAGUAAUUUAGGUAGAAUUAUUGUCAAUUAUAUAUUUGCAUUUAUUA